GUUUUUCUGAAGGACUAACAUGGUGUUAAUGUUUUGAAGUGAGACUGCUACAACCUGAGUCUCCCUGUAAUCUUGGGACAUGAUUGAUAUAUCGAAUCCGCAGAGCUGAUCUACAGGUAAUGCAGCAAUGGAGGACUCUGAUUAUCUCUGUACAGGAUUUGGCUAAUCCGUUUCUGGCCAAGUCCCAGGAUGUCGGAGCCUGAGAGUCCAGCCAAUCACACAACAACAACUUGCAGUCUCACCAACCAUCGAGGAUGUUUUGCUUGGUGGACUGGCAGGAUAUUCUGGAAGGGCUAUCACUACACACUUGAUGAGGCUGAUGUGUAUGACGUGUUGCCGCAGGAUUCCACAGUAAAACUCUCCAACAACCUCGGCAGAGAAUGGGAAAAAGAGUUGUAUUUCUGGAAGAUAGGAGGAACGCCCAGCCUGUUAAAGGCUGUUUGGAGAUGUUACCGGAGCCAGAUCUUGUCGUUUACAUUGCUGGUCCUAGUGGAGGAAACACUGAGGAUUGUCCAAGCUGUUCUGAUGGGCUACUUCAUCAACAUGUUCAACCAGGAUAACCCGGGCAGUCUGAAAUUUCCUCAAGUCUACAUUUUUGGUGCUUUUCUGUGUGUUGUUUUCCUCGUUAACAUAUUCCUCGACCAUAACUUCUUUCACCAUGGAUACCGCGUCAGAGUGGCAGCCACAUCACUUAUUUACAGGAAGGUGAUGCGAUUGUCGUACUCUGUGUUAACACCAAAAGUGAUGGAGGACGUAAUUAAUCUAGUCACUAGGGAAAUGGAUGUCUUUCCGAUGGUGAGCGUGUUUGGAUGGUGUAUGUGCAAGCUUAUAUGA